CCCGCCUUUCACCCACCGCUGCCACGAAUAAUUGUCGACUUUACGGAAUCGUGCUUCGAACUUGGCUCACUCUUCCGGUCGUUGCUACCCGACAGCUUUAUAUACCCUGGACAGCUACAUUGUCACCGUAGGGGGCCGGCUCUUUUCAAGGUCCUCCUUUUUUGCUUUUCUUCCUCCAUCUCUACUGCUCGUCUUGGUCCCACACAACUAUAACAUAUCAUGGCCACCACCGUUCUUUCAUUAGACUCGUUCCCAGAGGAACUCGUUGAGCGUAUCCUCUCCUACUGUGUCGUAGCGUCCCAAGCGCCUGCCGUGUCUUCCCCAGCGUGGGCCCCAGGACAACCACCCAGUGCCGCCGUACGACCAGUCUGUUCCCGUCUGGCCCCCCUGCUUGUCUGCAAGGCCUUCUAUCGCAUCUCUCUUCCACAUUUCUACCAUACCAUUCAUUUGACACGCCCUUCCCAGCCGGCACACCUUCUGAGCACCUUGCAUCACUAUCCCUGGCUCUCCCGUUAUGUCCGCAGAGUUGUCAUCACCGGUAUAUUUGAUGGCGCCGACCAGGUCUUCCGACGGUGCAGGCAUGUAAAGGCCCUCGAUAUCACCCUCGAUCCUCGUUUCCCGGAACAGGCCUACUGCCCCGCAGUGGAGCGUCUCUGUGACUCGUUGGAGGCUCUUGACGCGGUCACGCACCUUACCAUCCGCAAACCGGCACGUCUGUACCUUACCCAUGCCGGUGUGAAGCGUCUCAUCUUCCGUCUGGCCAGCGCCAUCACCGGUUGGAUAGAUCUUCAAUACGCUCACCUAGCUUUCCGUAUCUCCGACGACUCGGUCAGUCCACCGGCAGCUCAACCCAGGGGACCCAUAUCCACUAUCACGCAUGCCCUAUCCCUCGCGCCAUCGUUGCACACCUUUUCUACCCAGCUUCCGAGUCUCUGGAAUGAGGCCAUCCUUUCUGUCAGUCAAAAUCCCUGUCUUGAGCGCAUCGUGCUAGGGGGUACCGACUACGAAGACGGGUGCGGCAUCAUAAGCGGCGGUGGGCUGUACAUGAUACAGACGCGUAAACAUCCCAGACUGGCGGAACUGAUCAGAAAUGGAACACCCAUAAUCAGGUCGAGGGCGCACACGGUCACUUCCCAGCCCCUUACCGUGUUGUCAUAUACUGCUUCGCGCGACAAGAAAGAUGACACACCAACGCCGCAUAUCGUCAGGCAUCAUAGUCUGAAGAGGCAUGGGCGGCCGUUCUAGGCCGCUGUACAUAUUGUAGAUUGUGGACUUGGUCUUGUACAUUUCAGUGGACACUUGUGAUUUUGAGUUACUGUACGAGGUGUUAUAAUUACCUGUUACACUCCUUGUGCGUUUCGGCCUAGCAUACUUUUACUGUACAUACGAUAUAAUGUAUUGAAACUUGAUAUCAUGAAGAUCUUUC